GCCCCAACUGCUCUUCAUACUCAUGGAAUUGCUAAAGGAAAGACUGUCACAUCACAUCCUUCUGUCAAAGAUAAACUGGAUGGUAUGUUUUCACAUGACUGCAUACAUUUUUCAUUCUAAAUUGGAAAAUAAACAAAUAUUUGUGUAGCCUGCAUAUUUUUGUAAAAAGUUAAAACUAUACCGUGAGCUGCUUAUACCAUUUUAAGGAAGUUAAUUUUAGCAAUUGGGUUGAAUUUUUUUUGCCAAGUCUUCACUGAAAUUAUUGCUUGACUCACCAGGCAGCACUGUGUGUCCUGUAACCAUAAAAUUGCCCCUAAAGUGUUUUAUUUAGUUGACCUAUUAUUAUUUACCCCUUGUAAAAAUUUAUUAGCGAUCGCGCCGCGAUCGCUGUCAAAAUCGCGUAGCGUUUUUGGCCGGAUUUCGCGGCGCGAUCGCUGCGUUAUUCGCGGAGCGAUGGGAGCGAUCGCGGCGCGAUCGCUGUCAUCAAUCGCUUAGCGUUUUUGGCCGGAUUUCGCGGCGCGAUGAGAGCGAUCGCUCAGCGAUCGCUGUCGUCGAUCGCUUAGCGUUUUUGGCCGGAUGUCGCGGCGCGAUGAGAGCGAUCGCUGAGCGAUCGCUGUCAUCAAUCGCUUAGCGUUUUUGGCCGGAUUUCGCGGCGCGAUGAGACCGAUCGCUGUCAUCAUAUCGCUUGGCGUUUUUGGCCGGAUUUCGCGGCGCGAUGAGAGCGAUCGCGCCGCGAUCGCUGUCAUUAAUCGCUUAGCGUUUUUGGCCGAAUUUCGCGGCGAGAUGGCAGUGAUCGCUCAGCGAUCGCUGUUGUCGAUCGCUUAGCGUUUUUGGCCGAAGUUCGCGGCGUGAUUGGAGCGAUCGCGCCGCAAUCGCUGUCAUUGAUCGCAGAUGGUUUUCGGCCGAAUUUCUCGUUGCGAUCACGGUCCGGACGAAAAAGACAUAAAUGAGUAUUUCUUAUCUCAGAAGAAGAGCAGUGAGCUGAAAUUUGUCCCGAAAGUUGCAGUAACAUUUUACUAACUUGUGACAAACGGAGAGCUUCUGAGCUUUGCCGAAAAUCGUGCAUCAUAGAAAACGACCGCUCCGUUUGAAAGCCCCUGGUCCGGCCAGUGGUUCCGGCCACUUUGGCUACUUAAAUUGGAAGCCGACAUCAAAAGUGCGUAAAAAGAAACCUUCCAAGCACCAUCUGAUCUAAAUUCCUGUAUAAUUUUUAUAGGCUGCUCACUUAAAAUUCGAAACCAAACUGAGAUUUCUGUGUAAAGAGCUAACGUUAGGUCUCUCGAAGAAACUAAACCGUGAAAAGGUCAAUUUGCCACCAUUUUAAAUGAAUUCAGUCAAAGUUUAGAGGGAAAAAAUAUUUGUCGUCGCUUGUUUACGUCCUCAAGAAACACCUCCCAUCACCAAAAUGUUGUCUAAGUCAUGCCGCGACCGAAAAGCGUGCGUCAUAAUGCACGUGCAGGACGUGCAGAGUAAUGUUUUCCUUGUUAGGCUCAUUGCUUGCCAAGUUUUUUGACUUUGCUAAAUGCUACAGCUCCCAAAUGAAAUAUAAGUUUCAUUUUAUGGCCUUCUAUAUCACUGCUUAAUAAAUAAAGUGCAGUGUUACUGGGAAAUUUUCAAACAGGCUUUCCCUUUUCAAUCACUAUUUGGCUAGUUUGGCCGGACCAAGGACAUAGUACGCAAAAUUUAUUUUGGAAUAUUAUCUAAACUUUGGUUUUAAAAUUCAACCAGUCGACCGAAUUUUUUUUUUUUUUUUUGCAAGUCGAAAGAACAUUUCUUGUACACCGUGUACACCAAAAAUUAGCUUUCUUAACACUUAAUUGCAUACCUGAACUAAAAAUGCAUCCAAGUAAUUUAAGGCGCCAUAAAAAAAGCAAAAAUAACAGAACAAAAUUCACCUACGACAAUCGAGCUUCAGAAGGCAAACAGAUCAAUAAAAAAUCGGAAAGUUUCGUUUGUAGUUUAACCUUAUUUUCUUCCCGAAAAUUACGUACAUCACAAAUUAAAACGGGCCGGAACUUAUCCGAACUUUAAAUAUCCGAACUUAUCUAGGAAAGAUCGAAGCUACUCAGUCUGCAAGCAGGGUAGUAUAAAUCAUGUCAAGAUAAAGCUAAAUUUUCAACUUAAACGGGUCUAAAUAGGGAAUGAAUUUUCAAAAGAAAGGUCUUAUGUGAGAGUUCAGUGAAUCGUGUUUUUUAUUUUUAGCUAAGUGUGAGCAGAGUAAAACGUUUUAUAUCCUGAAGUAUUGAGAUAAUGAAACCGCCUAUAUGCAUUGAUUUCUUUUCUUUUGAUCCACUUGUCCAUGUCUUCAGAUAGGUUCAUCCUAUUAGGGAUAAAAAUAUUUUUUCUUUUUUCCUCACGCUAAUGAUAUGUUUCAUGUUCAUUUACCGUGCUUAAAUAUUCUCACUGAGGUUCUCCAUACUUCUUUAUUAAGCCAAUUUAAUGUGACGUCCCACAUGUUUUGUCUUCAGCCUAAACGUUACCUUUGAAAUUUACAUAAUGUACAAACUGAGUACUCACAACUGUUGUCUUUGCCAGAUUAAUUGUUGCUGCAGAAUAUUCAAGAGGCCAUCAUGGCUCUUGGUAUGUUGCCAUGUUUAUGCCCCACAGUACGUCCAGAGCGGUUUUCCUGUUGAGAAAUUAAAACCAGUUAACCAAGAGAGUUAUUCCCGAAAUCAGAGUAUUGAAAUAUUCAAAUCAAGACAAAUCACUGAGUUGUCCAGCUCAAGUAGCUUAAGACUUACACCCCUCGAAGGAUAUAAAAAAAUGAGCUAAAAAACGAAGGCUCCAAAAUCAGAAGUUUUGCUUUCUCGAACUAUUAAAAGGUAGCUCGAAUUUUUUUAGCUUUUGUUUGUUUGAGAAGCCUAAUAAAAAGGCUAACAUUAAUUGUGUUAUAAACUAUGAAAAGUGCCGGAAAGUAUAAAAUCGACAACACCGAAUGAAUAUCAAGCUUAAACUUAAUUAGGUUUAAAAUUAAACUUAGUGAUAAUAAGAAGUGAGUAGACUUACCUUUUUAAGUACGUUUCUUUGUUUGAACUUUCAACAUGUCAAAAGAAUCAUUAAGAAAAAUUUUCCAAUGUUUAAACAGCAAUAAAAGGCCAUUGCCAAUUGCAUGACAAGUGAAAUUGAGAGCAAUGUUUUUUUUUCAAGGUACGCGUCAGCCUUGAAUCUUGGCCACCCGCGUCGCAGUGGCGGGAAAUCGCAUUUUGGAAUCCAGUCCUCAAGGGCGCGAUCCAUUCAACCAAAAUUUCCGGAAUAUUUCGGUCCAAAACUCUGGAUCGGUUCGGUCCAACCGGAAAAGUUUCGAAAAAAGGUGGACCAAUUUUCCCGGUCGGACCGAUUGGAAUUUUGGUUGAAUGGAUCGCACCCCAAUACUCUGGAUUAAACCGUCACGUACAUGCAGGAUUCAUUUCUGUUAUUAAGGACCAUUAAGUAAAAAUCAUGUUGAUUACAUCCUUAUAUACAGCAGCUUAAGGCCUGGAGCGUAACAGAAAUUCAUCCUUGGGCUUAAAAUGACUCAAUUAGAGGUGAGCGAGAAAAGGUUUCCUAGCUUUUUGCUAAUGUAACUCUGGUCUAAAACACAAGGAAAACCGUGCCUUCUCUAGAAACCGAUAAAGUUCUAACAAACUGAAAAUGACUGUUAUUAUAAGCUUAUAGUUUUUCCGAAUGUUCGACCUCCCGAUAUUGAUAUAUUUCUGUAGUCUUUUAGUUACUUAACUUUCCAGUGUUUUAUUAUAAUAUUAUUACUAUUUUGCCUGCCCUAAUAAUUUUCACAAUCGCAAGUUUUGAAGAACAACAUAAUGGAAUAUAAAAAUAAAAUAAUAUGCCCCCCCGGCAGCCGGGAAGGGUCUAAGCUGCACGGCAGUCAGAAUGUUUUUUUGAUUUUCUUCAAAAUCUUUUUUUCUAAAUAUAAUCGUUUGAAAGUGUUAUAUCUUCGUUUAGAAUUACCAAGGGAUCAGGAAAUCAGGAAUGGCUUAGCAGUAGAGCGGCUGUGGUUUCUUGGGCAUAGAGCCUGAGAGUCGACGCCGUUUCGACACUUAGAAACAUUCGAGACUCACGAGUACGUUUUCGCACAGGCUAAAUAUCCGGCAGUUUGAAAGCCAUCUGGAAAGUUGGAAAGCCUGUUAGUAAGCCAAAGGAUGCAUACUAGCCUCGAUUAGUUUUCCAAAGCAAUAACGAAAAUAUUAAGUGCUUUCAUUAUGAAACCUUAGAGUCAAUGCACUGUGUGAAUCAACUAACGUGUGGGAAAAAAGGGUGCAAAGGCAAACGCAGUGCGAAUUACGGCCCAUAACAAACGGGAAAGGCGGUCCCUGAUAACACCAAAUUAAAUAUAGCCAGUUAUAAAAAAAAACAACUAACGAGUCACGAACGAUAAGGAAUAACAAGACGAGCUAGUAACCAGACUAAAAGGGGCGUAAAAGACGUGAGAGCUCAAACAGAAUAAUAACCAUACGACUAACUUAUAACAGAAAUCGCGACGAUAACUGUGAUCCUCGGUUAUCUCCUUCGCGAUAAUGGCACUGAGAUUGCGGACGCGAACUUAAUUAGAAUUGAUCGUGAUCACCACCUGGCGAUCGCGAUUACUGCACCACGAUCGAGAGCAAUAUGGCACUCGACGAUCGCCGAUUACAACUUAACUAAAUCGCACCGCGAUCGCAAUCACCGCUUCGCAGUAAGUAAAAUGCCCCUGCGAUCAAGAUUACCAAACCGGGAUCGUAGUCCUGACAUAUAAAUCACGGAUUUGACUUUACUAAAUCAAGCCGCGAUCGUGAUCAUCACGCCGCGAUAAGUACAAUGUCGCUGCCAUCGCGGAUACUAUUUUUCAAAAUCGCACGACCCCAUCAGCUGCUUAUAAGCGUUUAAUAUCAUCGAGCUAAAAUAAAAACUGUCUGUCUUCGCGAUCGCAAUCAUCUUCCUGCGAUCACGAUCAUUCCGCUGAGAUCGCUAUAACUUCGCCACGAUCGCUCUAUCUUCACCAUCCUGACCCUGAGAUCGCGGAUAAUAUUUUUCUGAAUCGCGCCGCGAUCGUAAUCUUCUUCCUGCGAUCACGAUCAUCGGGCUGAGAUCGUUAUAACUCCGCCGCGAUCGCGAUUUCAUCGUCAGCAUCGCAAUCCUAAACUUGGGAUCGCAGAUACGAUUUUUCAAAAUUGCGCCGCGAUCGCGAUCAUCUUCCCGCGAUCACGAUCAUCACGUUGAGAUCGCUAUAACUUCGCCGCGAUCGCUCUAUCUUCCCCGCGAUCGCGUUCACCACGCCGCGAUAAGUACAAUACCGCUGCGAUCGCGAUUUCAUCGCCAGGAUUGCAAUCCUGACUCUGAGAUCGCGGAUAAUAUUUUUCUGAAUCGCGCCGCGAUCGUAAUCUUCUUCCUGCGAUCACGAUCAUCCUUCUGAGAUCGUUAUAACUUCGCCGCGAUCGCGAUUUCAUCGCCAGUAUCGCAAUCCUGACCUUGGGAUCGCAGAUACGAUUUUUCAAAAUUGCGCCGCGAUCGCGAUCAUCUUCCCGCAAUCACGAUCAUCGCGUUGAGAUCGCUAUAACUUCGCCGCGAUCGCGAUCACCACGCCGCGAUCGCGAUCACUACGCCGCGAUCGCGAUCAUCGCGUCGCUAUUGCAAGCGCGAUUUACUUCAAUUGCAUCGCGAUCGCUGAUAUCGCGCCGCGAUCAAAAUCAUCGCGCCGCGAUCGCGAUCACCGCGUCGCGAUCGCGAUCACCGCGUCGCGAUCGCGAUCACCGCGUCGCGAUCGCGAUCACCGCGCCGCGAUCGCGAUCACUACGCCGCGAUCGCGAUCAUCGCGUCGCUAUUGCAAGCGCGAUUUACUUCAAUUGCAUCGCGAUCGCUGAUAUCGCGCCGCGAUCAAAAUCAUCGCGCCGCGAUCGCGAUCACCGCGUCGCGAUCGCGAUCACCGCGUCGCGAUCGCGAUCAUCGCGUCGCGAUCGCGAUCACCGCGCCGCGAUCGCUAUAACCUCGCCGCGAUCGCGAUCACCACGUCGCCAUCGCGGGCGCGAUUAAUCUAAAUCGCGCCGCGAUAUGCACAAUCGCGCCGCGACCGCUGCCAUCGCUCCGCGAUCGCGGUCAUCGCGGCGCGAUCGCUAAUAAAUUUUUACAAGGGACUAAUUUUUAUGAGACUCAUGUUCGGUUGGCUUAAUUCUAUUUUUAAUUAUUAAAAAUAGAAGUUAAACCAACCAAGCAUUUUUUAUUAUUAAAAAUGGAAGCUAAACCAACUAAACAUGAGUUUCAUACAUAAGGUCAACUAAAGUUUAAAUCCUACAAUAUUAGAAAUCUCUGUGUGAUGUCUAACAGUUCUUUUUCCUAUCCUUAAAGAAAUUGAUGAUGUUCUCAAUUAUCUGGAAACUUGAAGAUAGAAUAAACAUUAUCAUACUAAACUCUGUAUAUUUUAAAUGUAUAUGGUAACUUUUCUGUGUUCCUCAUGCAAAUGAAGAACUGCUGUUACAAGUUUGGUGGUGUAAAAUUUGAUCGUUUUUGUCUUUAAGGUUACACCUACUCUGAAGACCGAGUUGUUCGAGAUGGAAACCUGGUAACUAGCAGAGGACCUGGUACUGCUUUUGAGUUUGGUAUUGAACUUGUACGUGCUGUACGAGGUGAUGAUGGUGAAGCUGAGAAGCUCGCUGGCCCAAUGCUGAUUAAAUAA